AUGGAUAUCUGUGGGAAGUGCCCGGACCUGACGCGUCAACGCAACGUCCCCGGCGUACCUAUCGGUCGCACUGAGAUGGAAAUCGACAGCACCUUGCCCUAUGCCAACAUAUUCUGGUCCGGCAACUGCGAGUUGGGCCAGCUGACGGACCUCGGCAAGGAGAAAAUGCAGAGCGGAUGUAGCGUUCUGGUUGGGUUGAGCAACUGCCAGCCGCACCCAGACGUGGUCAUGCAUAUGCGGCCUAAGUCAAUGGAGACGCUGAUCAGCACUGGAGAAAACUGCCCGGCAUCCAGCGCUGCAUUUGGCAAGGCAUUCAGCACACCCGAGUAUGCGAAAUAUAGCGCUCAAAUCGCUGCGUUCACGAACCGCACUCUCAGUAUCCUCCAACCCUCGUCAAUCCCAACAUGGCGUGCUGGUAUGAAUGUCAACGACUACCUGUGGCUAUCCGUGUGCCAUGGUAAACCGCUUCCUUGCUCGUCAGCAAACCCCUCGGACUGCCUGACUGCUGCUGAUGCUGUGACCGCCUACGAGCACUCCAGCAAGCAGAACGAGAUUAUCCAGGCUACAGGCAAUGUGGCGCGCCUGUUUGUUGGCCCAUUCUUGGGUGAGAUCCGUCGGCCUAUUGCCAACGCUGUCAAUGGCAACGCCAAAGCCAAGUUCGAGCUCCAUUCGGCACACGAUAUCACCGUGUAUUAUCUCCUGAGCCUGCUGCAAAAGGAAGAUAUGUCAAGAUGGUCCGUUUACGGUUCGAACCUGGUCUUUGAGGCAUGGAAGAACAACAAAAACGGCAGCUAUGUCGUGCGCUUGCUCUAUAACGGUGAGGUCGUCACUGCGACCAAGGUCAGCGGCCUAGACUGGAAUGCAGUGCCGCUCGACUCUUUCUUCAAGGUUGCAGAUGCCAGCACCCCUGAUAUUGCCACUGAGUGUCAUGUCUGA